AAAACUUACCGAAAUGGGACCGGUGAAAUAUGUUGUUGCUGGUGAUUAUGAACAUAGUAUGUUCAUCAAACAAUACGCUGAUGCUUAUCCAGAAGCAAAAGUGAUCGGCGUGGAUGGAUUGGCAGAAAAAAACAAGGAUGUCAAAUGGACAGGCGAAUACGGUAAAAGUCCAAUCGAUACAAAGUAUGGAUUCGAAGAUGAAAUUCAAUCUCGUUACUUUGCAACGUUUAACAACAAGGACAUGGUCUUCUGUCAUAAAGACAGCAAAACUUUGAUCGCUGUUGAUUUGUUGUUCAACUUGCCAUGCAACGAACAAUACAAGAACACACCAGGUGGAAAAGUGAACACAUGGUUACCAUUCUAUGGCUCAUUGGCAAAGAAGUUCCAGCCACACACCGAUACUCAUCAAAGCUUUUUGUGGAAAGCAUCUGCCAUUAACGAUAUUGCACCAAAUGAAAAAACACCCGGAUCACCUGCUGCAACGACUGAAGAAAAACGUAAACGUUUUGCAAAAGAUGCAGAAGAAGUUGCUUCUUGGGACUUUGACAGAAUCAUUCCUUGUCAUGGUGAUGUGAUUGAAAACGGUGGAAAGAAGGCUUGGCUCGAUGCCUAUGCUCGUUUCUUGAGCCCAGAUGGUAAAGCAAAGAUUUAAAGAAACAAGUCAGUCAUACAUUGCAUUCAAACAUUAAUACCCCAUUGUGC